GCUAAACGCCAUUUCCGUGUGCACUUUUGCAUCCAGUCCGCUGGGUGGCAGCCGCGACGCUUCCUCUAAAAACCCCCCUCUAAAUAACCGUAUGAAGAAGACUUGUAGCAGUUCGUUGGAGAUGUUAGGAGGUAUGAACCGGAAACGGGCUCUAAUUUCAGACGCUUUCAUCAAGGUGAAGAAGAUAAGAAAUGGCACAGAACGGUUUGGAGCCACAGCUGCUGAAGAAGAGGGACCAGCUGACAUUAAAUCCAGCCUGGAGUACCUCAUGACACUGUUUCCCAGAAAGCUCUUCAACGAUGCAUUGCCUGAGAUUGUGCUGAAGCACCAGCUCUAUAGUAUACAGAAUGAUAAGACUUUGGUGGACAAGGAGGUGAAUAAAUUGCGUGAACGAGGAGAACUGCUGAUGUUCCAGCUGGGGUUCGAUGCAGAAGCCUUUGGGCUGGUUUUUACUUCAGACUACAAGGCCAAAGUGCUGGCAGGACAAGAGGGCAAAACGACAAUGGAUACAGUGGAGAAGUUCUUGGAGAAAGUGGUGUCGACUUGCACAGAUCUGAGUUUCACCAAAGACAGGAUGCUGAAAGAGUUUCUCUUCACCGACUCUGAGAUAACUCAGCUGGUUAAGUCAGGAGUCCUGACUGUGAGGGAUGCAGGCAGUUGGUGGCUUUCCAUUCCCAACUCUGGCAAAUUCACUAAGUACUUCAUAAAAGGCCGUAAAGCAGUGCUCGGCAUGGUGAAGAAGUCCAAAUACGGUGAAGUCUUAAAGGCAGAUAUGGAGGAGCGGAGGACGAAUUCACAAGUGAAAUUCCACAUGAAAUACCACAUCCAUGACAUUGUUGGUGCAGAGCUGGUAGAGAGCAUUCCUACAACUUCAGGAACGCUGCUGCGAUUUGUGGAUUCAUGAGGCUGACAGCAGUCACUGAGUGAAGAUGAGAAAUGUAUGAAAAGACCGUCAAGUGUUUGUAUGAAGACUGAAUGAACCAGUUUAAGUUUUCAGAUACAGAUUCUGUGCCGAAUGUGUUACUGUCAUGGGUUAAUGAAUUCUGUUGGCAGGACUUUGUCAGCUUUUGGUUUAUCUUAUAAUAAAAUGUAUUUAAAUGUU